CUCCCAACGAUGCGUUCUUCUCUCUACCUCCUGACCUUUCUCUACCUUCACUCCUGGGCAACAGCUGAGUGGUGUUACCAGACCCAGACCUGUGAUGACACGUGUAAAGACCCAAGCCACUGGGCUGCUCUGUUUCCCAGAUGUGGAGGUUUACGCCAGUCGCCAAUUAACAUUGUGACCAAUAGAGUGCAUUUCAACAGCGCCCUGCCUCCCUUCAGCUUCAUGGGACACACCGACCUUAUCAACAUUACUGUAGAGAACAAAGGACACUCUGCACACUUUGCUUUACCUCAGUCAGUGCGACUGACAGGAGGUGCUCUGCCGGGUCACUACAGAGCUGCACAGUUUCACUUCCACUGGGGAGGGAAUGGGAGACCGGGAUCAGAGCACACCAUUGAUGGAGAACGGUUUCCCAUGGAGUUGCACAUAGUCCACAUUAAAGAGCCAUACGUCUCUCUGGAGGAGGCAGAACAUGAUAUGGCAGGUAUAGCUCUGCUUGCCUUUCUCUUCGAGGAAACAACAGAUGAUCAUCCUCAUCUAGACACAAUAAUUGCUGCGUUGGGUCAAGUACAAAACAAUGAGGGCCCCUUUGCCUAG